GGGAGGGAGUUGGUGGGGUUAGUGUUUAGCUUCCCCCUCUGUUUUUAGCAGGGAACGGGCACUGUCCCGCGCGUGGGGAACGAUGUCUGCAGCAAAUCCAGAGUCCCAAUGUGCAAGCAUCUCCAGGGAGGAGAACACCCAGUUGUCGUCAACAACCAGUCAAGGAUAUGUUUUACCAGAAGGAAAAAUCAUGCCGAACACAGUCUUCGUUGGUGGAAUUGAUAUAAGGAUGGAUGAAACAGAAAUUAGAAGCUUCUUUGCACGAUAUGGUACAGUGAAAGAAGUGAAGAUAAUCACUGAUAGAACUGGUGUUUCCAAAGGAUAUGGAUUUGUAUCCUUUUUGGACAAUGUGGAUGUUCAGAAAAUAGUGGAAUCACAAAUAAACUUCCAUGGUAAAAAACUGAAACUGGGCCCAGCAAUCAGAAAACAACAGAAUUUAUGUACUUACCAUGUGCAACCCAGACAUCUGGGUUUUAAUCCUCCUGUGCCACAGUUUCAUAGCGUGUGGAGUAAUCAAAACGCAGAAACAUACAUGCCUCCUCCAGCUAUGAUGAGUCCAGUAACUCAGUAUGUUCAGGCAUACCCUUAUGGGUCGCAAGCUGUACUGAUACAACAGCAAGUUCCUGUAGGCUACCAGCCUGCCUACAACUAUCAGGUCCCACCACAGUGGCCUCCUGGGGAGCAAAGGAAUUAUGUUGUACCUCCGGCUUAUACUUCAGUAAACUACCACUGCAGUGAAGUAGAGCCAGAAGUUAUCCAAGCAGAAUGUUCUGUUCCAGAGCCUACACAAUCAUCUGGAAACAGUCCACAAAAGAAGUCUGUGGACCGAAGCAUACAGACAGUGGUAUCCUGUCUGUUUAAUCCCGAGAACCGUCUGAGAAACACUCUUGUAUCCCAAGAGGACUAUUUCAAGGAGAAAAGGGUACAUCACUUCAGAAGAAGUAGGGCAGUGCUUAAAAGUGUUUAACCAAUGACACUUGAAGACUUAAAGUGCCUGUAUUCCAUUGAUUUGGGGUGUUACUGUUCAGUAUAGCAAUAUGUGCUGUACAAUUAUGUAAUCUUAUAGAAAAAGUUACUUCAAGUUGAAGUUGUUCAUAUUUGCAUGUUAUCUGUUCCUAGAUUGUUUUGUUUCUAGUAUUUUAAGGAUAUGAUAGACUAGAAAGUUUCAGUAUUACAUUACUUGGGUUUUGUGCAUGUCCUUUCACUUGAUGCUAGAAUAUGUUAAAGUUUUUUAAGGAAUUUGUAUGGAAAGAUUACUCUUGGUUUAAUUUGUAAAUGUGUGAAUUUUCUUCUGGGGUUUAAGGUACAGUUUGCAUGUUGCACUUGUUUUCUCUUAAAACACAGCUUAAAUGUCUGACAAGUUUAGCUCAUUCAAAAGUUGAACUAGAAAUUUGCCCAAGAGGUAGUUUUUAAAUUGCGUUCUUAAUCAGUGGAACAGAAGACCUCAAGUUGUAACUCAGUUGAAGCCCUUCAAGUCUGUACCCGGUGUUAUAUUGCUGGUUCUCUACAAAUAAUCCAAUCAAUGGGGAUUACAUUUAUUAGUUACAGUUUAUGCACCUGGAGUCUGAGCAUCACUAUCAGUUUGAUUGGAAAAAGUAAUUAAGCGAAUUCUAAAAUUCCUAGAUCUAAUUUAAGAAAAACCCAAGAACAUAACAAGCUACAUUAACUACUCAGUGGGUUACACUUUUUUACUGAGCAAAUUUUAACAAUGCCUGUAUCUUAAAAUUGUGGGAAAAUAUUGACAUUAAAAUAUCCUUAUGUUAUGUCACACAAACUGUUAAUCAAAGAAUUUUGUAAGGAAAUAUGUUUUAUAAUAAUUAUGUAGAUUUUAGAAAAACAAAUUUGUUAGUCUCUAAGGUACCACAAGUACUCCUUUUCUUUUGCGAAUACGGACUAACACGACUGCUACUCUGAAACCUGUAGAUUUUAGAGUUUCGUAUUUGAAAAACUUAAACAAUAAAUUUUCUUUUUGUUUGA